CAAAGUUUUACUUUAUCCAAAUUUUACAAUUUUACAAUUUGAGCAACAUCCAAUCCAACGUGCCACAAUUGAAGGCAACGCAGCGUUUGUUUGAGCGUCAUCACCAUCAUCCCCUGCCCCCAUCUCUCUCCUUCCAUAACUUUUUCUCAGACACGCUUUCGGACACGCCGAUUUCAAUACGCCACGAGAUCUUGGAUUAAUUCACCAGAUCUACAAAAAAAAAAAAUUAUUCGCUUUCUUUUUCCCCUUUUUAUUCAUUGAUUCAUCAUUCUUUCUGGGUGUUUCAAUCAAUUCCCUAUUCGUUGAAAUUGAUUGAUCAUCGUCUAUAUGUUUCUCCGACCAAUGUGCGGAGGAUUUAUGUGUUAGGGUUCGGUUUUCCGAUUCUAAAUCUUUGGACGGAUGGUGUUAAUCGGGAAAUAUGCGGAUUCAGAGACGAAACAGUGGGUGUGGGGUUAAUUUUUGGAAUCAACAAUUAGAUCGGGGUUUAUUGAUGGAAUCCCCGCCGCCUUCGAAGUUGCUUCCAAUUAAUGAUUCAUCGUCUCCUUUCAUGCAAUCUUCGCUUCCUACUUCAUCUGGUGUCGGUGGUUCGAGUGUCGGCGACGGCGGUUUUGGGUAUAUCGAACAUACCGUCACGAAAUUCGAUACGCUCGCUGGUGUCGCAAUUAAGUAUGGCGUUGAGGUGGCUGACAUAAAAAAGAUGAAUGGCCUAACAACUGACCUACAAAUGUUUGCCCGCAAGACUCUUCAUAUACCCCUACCCGGAAGACACCCGCCCUCUCCAAUCAUGUCAAAUGGACAAGGGCCAAAACACUCGGAAAUGACACCACCAAGACAAAGACAAAGACAUUCUGAUAUGUUGGAUUCAAUAAAAUCCUUAAAAUUAUCAUCAUCUUCUUCUUCUUCACCACGAAACAUUUCACCAUCAAUGGACGCCUUACGAGACUAUUACGGUCUUAAACCAACCGAUCAAACCGGACCAAAUUCCCACCCGCCGCUCGGACUUCACCGGAAAUGUAAAAGCUUAGCUAACGGGAUGUCAGAGCAGGGCGGAAACGGAAACGCCAUUCCUGUCACAAACGGAAUCCACGAUUCCGAUUCCGACACAUGGUACGAUAGAUGGAUGAGAAGACGGCGAUCGGAAAUCGACCUCCAGAAUCAAACCCCGGAAACGAUGCUUAAACCCGACACCAGCAAUUCCAACGGUGCGUUUGCGGCAGCAGGCGGCAAAGGCCUGGCGCUCCGGCCAAAGGCCGCCAGUCGAACCGCUGGUGAUGCCGACGGUUUACCGAAUAUGCCUCCGUUAAAAUUGGGGGAAUCAGUGAUUACGGAGGCUUCAAAUGGAGUAAAAAAGUCUUCGAGUUCACCGAGUUUUCAUGAGAUGCAAAGUAACGCUGCCAUUGCGAGGCCUAUUUUUGAUGGGUUGCCGAAGCCGAUUAGUGGGAGGAAGAAUAAGGCGGCGAUUGAUUGA